AUGGAUCCUUUUGACCCCACUACCUUUAACGUAGAAGCAUUCCUUGCAUCUGAUGCACCGGAUAUUAACGUGUUAGACUACCUCGAUCCGUUACCAGAGGUUCAGGAAGAACAACCAGCAGCAGCGUUGGAAGAAGAGGAAGAAGAAGAAGAAGCUCCCUUCUUUACAGGAAUCGAUGAUGUGCGAUUCAAAAUGGGAAACAUCCUACGGGAGAUUAACCGUAUGUAUGGGGAAAGAGGACUGGCGGUGGUAGAUGAGGUGUUGUUUGAUGUUCGUGGUGACAGGGCAUUGGAAGCGGCGGCAGAGCGAAUUCGAGGUGAGCUGCUGACGAUGCCGGUGGUAGUCGCUCCAGGAAGAGAAGGAGGGUUAGACGAGGUAGCUGGGAGCUUGCUUCGCUGGCAUGGGUAUUGUGCGGCCGCUGCCAGUGGCCAAAAAUAUCUUUAUUGGGCGCAGCUGUUGAGGUUGGUGGAGGAAAACGUGGAAAACGGGAUGGUGGGAAUGCGCUGGGGUUCGCCGCUGGCACUACGUCUUGGCUGGAAGAGGAGCAAGUACUUCCGGGUCGUGCGCUCCUUACGGCGUUUACAAUGGUUGGUGGAGCAGGUGGGACGUUCGGGGCUCCUGUUGAUGGUGGAGAAGGUACCGUUUAAUGUGGUAGAAGGUGCCAAUGAUACGGUGUGGCAAGGAUGGCAAGACACCAUUCGUCAAGAUAGACACCUUGCGUUUAUGAAUACGGUGGAGUUUUAG